AGCUGAGCGCCUCACUGGGUUCCAGAGGCUCCGACUCCGCGCCCAGGAGCUUGGCGGACAUCCCAGGCCCAUCCACGCCCGUCUUCCUUGCUGAACUUUUCUGCAAGGGAGGUCUGUCGCGGCUACACGAGCUGCAGGUAGAGGGGGGACGUCGUUCCUGGAAAUUAAUGCUGGAGAAAUUGGCUUUGAAAACGCUAGAAAGGACAGACUAGUGCAGAAAGUAGGAAGAGGUCCAGUGAGAACGGAUGCCCAUGAACUAUAGAGAAAUUGGGGCUGCCGGCAGUGGCUCGACCUACUCGGAGUCCAUCCCUAUAACCAGCAGAAGAGUGCGCUCAAAAAGCGCCUUCUUGCUCUGUAGAAGUUGGGGCCGAGUUAAGCCCAGAACAAGUGCUCGGGAGGCAGAAACGCACAGUACCUUAGCCGCGUUUCCAGCUUAAAGCUACAGGCGCUCCUAUUCAGUCGCUGGGGGCUCGUCCCGAGAUAGUCCACGUGAGGAACCUUUGGGAUCUCUCCGCCUCGGUUUACCCCGGGCGACCUAAGAGAGAACCUGAAUGUCCGUCCGCUUUGUGCAAAGUUCCUCCGUCUUGCCCAUCACACUCAAACUUCCUAGGGAUGUGAAGCGAGGAAAAGAGAAGGAGGAGAGGUUUGAAGCGUCAGGGCUACAUACCAGCUGGGAGCUCGUGAAGAGACUGAAGCUCCCCCUUGCACAGCCCAGAGAACACCCUUGGAGUUGGUACGGACCGAGCUGGAUGCCGGCGGCCCACGUCUCCAGUGUCCGCCUCCCCUUCUCCCAGGUGCAGGGCGUCGCGCGCUUCGGUCCCGUGUGGUUGGCCAGCUUCGGAAAGGUGCGCACUGUGUACGUGGCGGCCCCUACACUCAUCGAGCAGCUCUUGCGACAGGAGGGUCCCCGGCCCGAGCGCUGCAGCUUCUCACCCUGGGCAGAGCACCGUCGCCGCCGCCAGCGGGCUUGCGGACUGCUCACCGCGGAAGGCGAAGAAUGGCAGAGGCUCCGCAGCCUCCUGGCCCCGCUGCUCCUCCGGCCUCAAGCUGCCGCCCGCUACGCCGGAACCCUAGACGACGUGGUCCAUGACCUUGUGCGGCGUCUUCGGCGCCAGCGGGGACGCGGCGCUGGGCCGCCCGCUCUGGUUCGGGAUGUGGCAGGAGAGUUUUACAAGUUUGGACUAGAAGGGAUAGCCGCCGUGCUCCUGGGUUCACGCCUGGGCUGCCUGGAGUCCGAAGUGCCUCCAGACACAGAGACCUUCAUCCGCGCGGUGGGAUCGGUAUUUGUGUCCACGCUGCUGACCAUGGCGAUGCCUAGCUGGCUUCACCGCCUCGUGCCCGGACCCUGGGGCCGCCUCUGCCGAGACUGGGACCACAUGUUUGCAUUUGCCCAGCAGCACGUGGAGCGGCGAGAGGCCGAGGUAGCCUUGAGGAGCAAGGGAAAGCCUGAGGAGGACGUGGGAUCUGGGGCACACCUGACCUACUUCCUGUUCCGGGAAGAGUUGCCUGCCCCGUCCAUCCUGGGCAAUGUGACAGAGCUGCUACUGGCCGGAGUGGACACAGUAUCCAAUACACUCUCCUGGGCUCUAUAUGAACUCUCUCGGCACCCGGAAGUCCAGACAGCACUCUACUCUGAGAUCACAGCUGCCCUGGGCCCUGGCUCCAAUGCCCAUCCUUCAGCUACUGCUCUAUCCCAGCUGCCCCUGCUGAAGGCGGUGGUCAAGGAAGUGCUAAGACUAUACCCUGUGGUACCUGGAAAUUCCCGUGUCCCAGACAAAGACAUUUGUGUGGGUGACUAUAUUAUCCCCAAAAAUACGCUGGUCACACUGUGUCAUUAUGCCACUUCAAGGGAUCCUGCCCAGUUCCCAGAGCCAAAUUCUUUUCGUCCAGCUCGCUGGCUGGGGGAAGGUCCAGCCCCCCACCCAUUCGCAUCUCUUCCCUUUGGCUUUGGCAAACGCAGCUGCAUGGGGAGACGCCUCGCAGAGCUUGAACUGCAAAUGGCUUUGGCUCAGAUCUUGACCCACUUUGAGGUGCAGCCUGAGCCCGGUGCUGCCCCAGUCAGACCCAUGACCCGGACUGUCCUGGUACCGGAGAGGAGCAUUAACCUACAGUUUGUGGACAGAUAGUCCUGUGGAUGGAGGCUGUCAUCAUCACGCUUUCUCUCAUUGCAGGGAUCUAUCAGGCACAAGACCAAGAGAUAUGUAUUCCCCCUGAAACCUGUCUAUCUGACCAGACUGGUUAAAGGGAUCCUAGCAAACUGUUUGAGGCAGCCCUGACCAAGGUGUGAAGUAGGCAUUGGCCUCACCCAUCAGGCCCUGAGAAAACCAUGAUCCUUGUGUCUGCUCAUCCUUUCUUCUGGUCAUAUCAUAGGUACCCUUCAAGGGCCAACUCAAAUUUUAACUAAUAAUGUUGGGUGGCCUGGGGAAGGACUCAACCACUGCCCUUUUGGGGCUUCUACAGUGUUUAGGAGCUGCUGGCUAAGCACUUAUCACCACGUGAGCUAAGUGAUUGUGCAUCUGGUCUGCACCUGGCUCCUUGCAUGUGAGCUCUUUGAGAGAAAGAAUGAGACCUUAUUCAGUCUUUAUAUCCCCUGCCAAGGCCUAUCCCUGAUUGGGUGACUCCAUACAGGUUCUCAUAUUGAAUCUGGACCAUGUGGCAGAAGGGAUAAGCAGCUUAUCAGGCACUGUCUACUCUUCCUUCCUCAUCUUGCCCCUACCAAGGAGAGUGUGCCCUCACCUGGUUUAUGAUGUUUUAAAACUCUCCUUGACUCUCUAAUCACUAUUAGGAGUUGGCUUGUCCCACCAUUUAGUUCCCAGACAGAGACGUCUUUGGGCCUGUACCUGCCUACACCUUCCUAUCAUAUGUGGAAUUUUUAAAUAUUCAUAGUUUUGAAAUAAAAGAAUCGAAUGUUUCAUCCUUGA